AUGUCACAGUUCUAUGCGCGAUAUGUGCCACCUGCCUCAAAAUCAGACAUCUCCAACGAAGCCUCAAGGUCGAGCGCGAAGAGAAAGAGCCAUGCAAAAGAAGACCUUGCUCCUCCGAAGCAGAAGAAGCAGCGCAAGGCAAUAGAUGAUGGAGUCAAGGUCGAGCCUGCAGCCUCCUCGAGGAACGACGGAGACGAGGCCACAGUGAAUCCCCGGACCAUAAAGGACAUUCCAGAAGGCGACACUCUACAGCCACAAGUGUCGAAGAGGGCAGGAAAUCCACAGCAGUCCGUUCCAGCGGAAGCAGCAAAGGCGGAGGUGAAGAAGAGUAAGAAGAAAUCCAGGCGAGAACCUCCGAUCGAGCCCGACAACACGGAAGACGCAGAAGAGUCAUAUAAUCGCAAGCAUGGGAAUGUGCUCUCGAAGUUCCAGAAAGCUCGAGCAGAGCAGCCAGUUAAGCAGGACGACCAAGAAACGGACGCAGAAGGUCCUGCAGAGUUACACGGCUUAGAGCCCAUCCCGCAGCCAGAUGUCGUCGAACGUCCCAGACAGAGGCCGACCUACACCACACUCGCGCCGUGGCAGGCGAAUGCUAUAAGAGUGGUUCAUCGAGAAUCGAAAAGCUUUGCAGAACUUGGUGUUUCAGAGGCGGUGGUUGACAAUCUGCGGAAGAAUGGUGUUCAGAAGUCGUUCCCGAUCCAGACGACGGUGCUGCCAUUAUUGCUUGCGGGCAAGCAGCUUCAUGCUGGGGACAUCUGCGUGUCAGCAGCAACAGGCUCCGGCAAGACACUUGCUUACGUUGUGCCAUUAAUCGAGGAUCUGAAAGACUCUUCAAACACGCAACUACGAGCUGUGAUUGUCGUACCUACGCGGGAACUGGUGCAGCAAGUACGACAGUCAUGUGAAAUUUGCGCGGCAGGUACGAAGCUCAAGAUCGCGGCAGCUUCUGGAAGCAAAAGUAUGAAGGAAGAGCAGGAGCUGCUCACGUGUGAAGAAGAAAUUUACGACCCUGAACAAUGGCAGCGAGAACAGCGCGCCCCAAUGGACUGGUCCAAGUUCUCCAUGACCACAUUUCUGGACGAGGUGGAAAGGCAACGAAGCUCAAGGUCCAUUCACUUUGUGAGACGAUUUUGCUCGAAGGUUGAUAUUUUGAUCACAACGCCUGGCAGGCUGGUCGAUCACCUGCGCUCAACGUCAGGCUUCAAUCUCGAUCACGUCCAGUGGAUGGUUGUAGAUGAGGCAGAUCGAUUGCUCAACGAGAGCUAUCAAGACUGGAUUGACACCGUCGUUCCCGCACUGCAAUCACAAGCCGCGACCGCCAGGAGGGACGAGCUGUUGAAGCACAUGCGAAUGGAGCCGCCACCGCGAGUUGUGCGAAAGGUCCUCCUUUCCGCGACCAUGACGAGUGAUAUCUCGAAACUCUCCUCACUCGGCUUGGACAAUCCCAAGCUGAUCGUGCUUGGUCAGCUUCAGGGGAGUAAAAAGGACACGGAGCAAGAUGCGAUCCCAGCCCCGACCACGGAAGGCGAUUACCAUCUACCACCAUCACUCACUGAGAAUGUGAUACCUAUCAAGGACGGGUACGAGAAACCAUUGUAUCUCCUCUCGCUGCUCCAGAAGAGAAUCUUCGCAUCUCCUCGGAACGGAUUGAAGGAAAAGGGCGUCGGAAACACUGCCAGAAAGCAGCAGAGUGAUGGCGAUUCAGACUCAGAGGCAUCUUCGGCCUCUUCAUCAUCUGACAACGAAGGGUCAACGUCAAGCUCAGAAAUCAGCUCAACGUCUGACUCUGACUCCGACUCCGACUCGGAAAGCGCAGCCUCAACUUCAUCGCAGUCUUCCGCUUCAAGCACCGUCUCUCCCGCCCACGACUUCCUCCAUCCCAUCAGUACAUCAAGAUCCAGCCCCGUCCGGGCUCUGAUAUUCACACGCUCAACCUCUGCCACCCAACGCCUGUUCCGCCUCCUCUCGCUCCUGGACCCGACCCUCUCUUCCUCCAUCAGCACACUCACCAAGUCCACCUCGACUUCCUCAGCCUCUCGCCGUGCCCUGUCGUUAUUCCGUUCCGGAAAGACGGCCGUCCUCAUAGCGACGGAUCGUGCCUCUCGUGGUCUGGACAUACCUGACCUCAGCCACGUGGUAUCCUAUGACGUGCCCAGUAGCGCGCUGACCUAUGUGCAUCGUGUCGGCAGGACAGCCAGGGCUGGGAAAGAGGGAACUGCGUGGACAUUGGUGGAGCAUAGGGAAGCAAAGUGGUUCUGGGGUGAAAUUGGAGGGAAAGGUGGUGAGCUGGGAGCUGAAGGCGGGAAAAUAGGCAGGCAAGGAGGGAAGAAGCCGGUCAAGGUCAACGACUUGGAGGUUGACGCCGAGAAGUGGAAGGAGCGGUAUGAGGAAGCUUUGGCGAAGUUGGGAGAGGAGGUCCGGGGGUCGUGA